CCGUCGGGACCCUCUCUUUUCUUGCUACUGCCUAAAAACAGCAACGGGGGCGCUUCGUGCACUCCGCCGCCCCUCACCGUCGCAAUAUGAUAUAAACGCCCAUGCGACCGCCCUCGAUCUCAUCGCGCGCUGUCCUCGCCCCUCGCUUUCUCUCCCCUCUCUCUCCCGUCUAUCUCGCCGCCCGCCCUCUCCGCGAUCGCGCCCCGAUGGCAUUCGCUUCCGUCGCUCUCGUCCCCUCCGCCCGCCUCCCCGGGAUCUCCGCCCAUGGCAGCCUGAGGUCGCUCCCCAAGAACCUCUCGAGAUCUAGGGUUUCCACGAGCGUCUCUGUCGGAUCUCGCGCGUCCGCUGCCGAGGAUACCCUCUUCCUGGACUACAAGCCCUCCUGCGCCUUUCUUUUCCCCGGUCAGGGUGCACAAACUGUGGGAAUGGGGGUGGAAGCUCAGAGUGUGCCAGCAGCUGCUGAUUUAUUCAAGAAGGCGAAUGAUGUACUUGGUUUCAACCUCUUGGAUGUUUGCACCAAUGGACCAAAAGAAAUGCUUGAUUCAACAGUUAUAAGCCAGCCAGCUAUCUACGUCACUAGUCUAGCUGCUGUGGAAGUGCUACGUGCACGUGAUGGAGGACAGGAUAUAAUUGAUUCUGUAGAUGUCACGUGUGGUCUGAGCUUGGGUGAAUAUACAGCCCUUGCAUUUGCUGGUGCUUUCAGCUUUGAGGAUGGUCUCAAGCUUGUCAAGCUAAGAGGAGAGGCCAUGCAGGAUGCUGCAGAUGCUGCUAGUAGUGCUAUGGUUAGUGUCAUAGGACUGGAUUCAGAAAAGGUACAAUUGUUAUGUGAUGCUGCUAAUGAGGAAGUAGAUGAAAAGGAUAAAGUUCAGAUUGCAAAUUUCUUAUGUCCAGGUAAUUAUGCUGUUUCUGGUGGCCUGAAAGGAGUGGAAGCUGUUGAAGCAAAGGCAAAGUCAUUUAAGGCUCGAAUGACGGUACGUCUAGCGGUUGCUGGUGCUUUUCAUACCAUCUUCAUGGAGCCAGCUGUCUCAAGAUUGGAAGCUGCAUUGGCAGCAACAGAAAUUAGAACUCCUAAAAUACCAGUUAUUUCCAAUGUGGAUGCACAACCACACUCAGAUCCUGAUACGAUCAAGAAGAUUCUAGCACGUCAGGUGACUUCACCAGUUCAGUGGGAGUUGACAGUGAAGACUCUCUUGAGCAAAGGGCUUAAGAAAAGCUAUGAACUGGGGCCUGGAAAGGUCAUUGCAGGAAUCGUGAAGAGAAUUAAUAAGGGUGCUGACAUUGAAAAUGUUGGUGCUUGAGGCUUCCUUAAAAUAAUGCCUUUUCUACACAAUCUUUACGUAACCGCCUUUCUUUUUGAGGAAAUCCUUCCGUAACUGUUGUUGGUGAGGCUCGGACGGCUGCCCAAAUUGCUGCUCCCAAGUCCAGAGAUCAAGGAUGCUGCGCAAAAUCCACAAGGCAUGCAGGAGUGUAGAUCAUGAGUUAAGCUUCACCUUUUUAAAAGUUAUUAAUGACAGGCACCAUGAUUCUUAGCUUAGGAGCCUGUACGAGACAGCCUAACAAGACAACAUGAUUGUAAUAAUGUCUUUUACAUUGCAGCUUUACGGCAGCACCUCUUUUAGUUCUGAGCCGUCAAGUUAGAACAUGUGGUCAGUCCAUUCUAAUUUUCAAGUCAGUUGGAAUAAUCAAGAUCAUGAUUAUAGUAAGCAUCUCCUUGUCCAUGUUUCAGUUU